AUGUCUGUACAAUGUGGGAUUGACGCCCACGUGCAGGCGGUGACCGCCCUGAAAGCGGAAGAAGCUGCUAUGCGAUACGACCAUGCCGCCUUAUCCAACAUGUCUUCCGACGAAGCGAGCGCCAACACCAUUUUCACACGUUUGCGUGAUGCGGAAGUGCAAUCAAAAUGGACUAAAGAAGGAGAUCUCAUCAACUUCGCAGGGAUGGACUUCUACGGUGCGAUCAAGAACGGGCUCGGGCAGCCUUCGGAUGUAUGGACCGCUGUACGACGGAUGCCAAAGGGCGCGCUGCUGCAUUGUCAUUUUGAUGGGACUGUGGACACCAAGUUCUUGCUGGAGCAUGCGAAAAGGACGGAAAAUAUGUGUAUGAAAGCAGACAUGCCGCUCUCGACGCAGGAGGCGCUGUGGAGGGCAACGGUGGAAUUUUUGGUGCUACCACAGACUGCCGAGAGAUCAAAGGUGAGCAUCUGGUCAGAAGACUAUGUUCCAGGGGAAUGGGUCAGCUUCAAGGAUGCACGGAUUUCGUUUCCCUAUCCUCACCCGUAUCAGAUGGAACGAGCAGCUUCGGAGCUUCACAUGCCCAACUUCAUCAACCCUUCAGAGCUAAACGGACGCGCAAGUAGAGACGGCACACACACCGAAGACCGCCUCGACAGAGGCCAAGCAUUUGAUGCAUACAUACAUGCACUGAUGACCUUGACACCGCACGACUCCAUACCAGCGAUUACUAACAGCAAGCAAGCAUGGGCAAGGUUUCAGUCCACUUUCGUCGUCAUCGCUGGACUCAUCGGCUACGAACCCACGCUCAAAGCUUACACCAAGGAGCUUCUCCGCUCGCAUGCACAAGACGGUAUCUCAUACACCGAGACACGAAUCAACUUUCUGAACGAGUUCAUGGUCCGCGCUGAUGGAACACCCAACCUGGCACACGUCGAAUGGGUACGAAUCUUUAUCGAGGCCGUCGAAGAAGUCAAAGCCGAGAUCAGCGAAGGCGGCUACAUCGAUGCCAAGAUCAUCUACACAACCGUCCGAUUUAUUGACAAUGAGAAACUGCGGUGGUAUCUCGAAGACUGCAUUAUGCUCAAGAAGAUGUUCCCAGAGUGGAUCGUUGGAUUUGAUCUGGUUGGUCAUGAGGAUCCGUUGCUGCCUCUGAAAGUGUACAUUCCAGAAUUGCUGCGCUUUCAACAACGCUGCAAAGAAGAAGGGCUCUCGAUUCCGUUCGUUUUUCACGCAGGCGAAACACUGGAGGACGGUGGAGACGCCGAUCUGAACCUCUACGACGCCAUCCUGUUGGACACUAAGCGCAUCGGUCAUGGUGUCUCGCUCGCCCGUCAUCCGUUGUUGACCGAUUUGGUGAAAGAGCGCGAUAUCUGCAUCGAAGUCUGCCCCAUCUCGAACCAGGUUCUGGGUUACACGGCUAGUAUUUGCUCGCAUCCAAGCUUGCUAGCGUUGCUACAUAGAAAUGUCCCCGUGGCACUUUCGUCGGACGACCCGAGCAUUUUCGAAAAUUUUGGGCUUUCGUACGAUUUCUACCAGCUGAUUAUUAGCUCGCAGUCUACAACGCUUGUUUCGCUCGCGGCGCUCGCUCGUCGUUCCAUCAAGUAUUCGUUGGUUGAUGAUAAGACAAAGGAGAUCAUGUUUGCUGAUUGGGAUAGAAGAUGGAAGGCAUAUAUCGCUUGGUUUCUUGAAGAGUAUGGGCGUUGGUCAAAGCAGUGA